AUGGAUUUCUUUCGAAAACGAAGAGGUCCAACGGAAGCAAAUAAGGCUCCUGCUGCCGCUGAGGAUGACAAUAAUAAUAAUAGUAAUAAUGACGGUAAAAACGAUUUCAAUAGCAAUAAGAAGCCUGAAACCACCGUGGAAUCGUCGUUGACGGGGAUCAACGCUGGAAGGAAGAAGAAAAAGAAAAAGAAGAAACCGAAAAAAGAAGAGUCUGGAGAAGACGAAACAUACGAGACUGGUCGACCUACCGUUGGCGAAUCUCAGGAAUUUAAAAUCAUCGAAACUCCAAAGCUUCAGGAGGAUACCCAAGUUGAAGACCUUCAGCAAUCACAGCAGGGCAAAAAAGGAAAGGAUCUUGGAGAGCUUGAAUCAAAAAUCCAAGAGUUGAAGACUGCUUUGGAGGAAAAGGAAUCUGAACAAAGGGAGCAAAGGGAGCAACAGGAAAGACUCAAGAGCGAAAAUGCCAAUCUCCAAUCUAUGGUAAACAAAGCUUUACAAAGUCUGACAUCCUUUGAGACCCGCUCAAAGGAGCAAGAAGCAGAGAUGCAAACCUUUAUGCAAUCAAAAGUUGAAGUCAUGGAGAUGAUGGAAGAAAAGUUGAUUUUGGAAAGUACGAAGGUCGAAGGAUUCAUGGCAGAAAAGAAAGCGGAAAUUGAAAACUUGAAAGAAACAGUAUCCUUGCGAGAAGAAACCUUGAAAGGGUUACAGGGUGAACUGGAAGCAGAAAAGGAGCUAACUUUCAAAGUUUUAGAAGAAAGGAACCAGGCCACGGCGACCCUGGAAGAAAAGCUGUCCAUCAUCGACGAGCUUCAAUCCAAUCUGGAAGCGGAGCAAGAAAUGCAACAAACAUACGAAAUGGAAAUUACCAACUUGGAAAGUUUGUAUGGUGAUGAAAAGGAUAAUGGCGAAACUCUAAGGACGCAGCUCGAGGAUAUGAAGGUGCUCGAAACGCAUGUGAGGGAUUUGAAGAAGGAUCUUGCGGUUGAGAGAGAACAGCUUGCGCAGUUGCAGGAAGAAUAUAAACAGUUGAAGGAAUCGGAAGCCAGUCUUCAAGGGCAGCUUGCGACUCUGGAGCAAGAGAUAUUGUCCGAGAAGGAAAAGAGCCGUCAAAUGCAACAGGAAAAGGAGGAAUCCGAAAGUCGCCUGAAUGUUCAGAUGGCUAGAAUGGAAGAAGCACUUUCAAAGCUACAGCUUCAAGAAAUUGAUUUGAAGAAUCAAAUAUCGGCAAUGGAGGAAGAAAUCAGACAAGGCGCACUACUGAGAGAGCAAGAACGUAUACAAGCAAACGCAGCACAUUUGGAAGAGCAGGAGAAAAUGCUGAGGCAAAUUCAAGAUCUGGAACAGACAUUGGAAUUGGGAACGGAAAAUGUUGCAAAGCUCCAGAAAGAACAAGAGAACAGCCAUGAUACCAUUUCCAGAAAUAUCAUUAUUAAUCAAGAAAAGGACGCGGAAGUAAGGGAGCUCAAGUCCAAGCUGGCAUUGAAGGAGGAAGAGCUGCAAAAUAUUGUGGGACAAUCGUUGGCUGACGCAAAGACUCUUGAUGAUUUGAAUGCAGAAUUAUUGAUCAAGGAUAGUAAGAUCCAAUCGCUUGUUGCAACCGUCGAGAGUGUGAAGGGAGAGUGCUCAAAACAGGCAAGUCAUGCUGAGUCAUUGGAGAAGGACCUGAUUGCUUUGCAAAAGGAACUGUCAGAAAAUAGCAGCGAUUUGAAAUCAGUUGCACUUAAGGAUGCUCAAAUUCAAGACUUGGAAUUGAAGAUUGAAUCACAGAGUGGGCUUAUCACAGAGAAGGAGCGAUUGAUUGCGGAAAUGGGAAAGUCAAUACAAGCGGAUGUGAAGCGAGCAGCCAAGCUUCACGAGCAGCUUCCUCGUUUGCUGGAGUUGAUGCAAAGUGAAGAAGCUAGGAAUGCGUCAUUGACAGAACAAUUGAAAGAUAAGGAUCAUGAAAUUGCUGCGGCUCACGGAAAGGUCAAUGAAUUGGAGAGUAGUACGGCAAUGAUGAAAUCGUUGAUUGCUUCGAAGCAGAUGAAGAUUGAUGACCUUGAAGACACACUUUCUGCGAGGCUGAAGCAUGAAAGGCAGGUAAUUUUGGACGCGAAACGGGGAGAAAGAGGUGGUCUCAAAACAUUGUUCAACUCCAGUUAG